AUGCUGCGCACUGUCUCUGGUCUCGCUGCCAAGUCGCUCGCCUCUGCCGCUUCCCGCCAAGCCGCCGCCGCCGUCUCGAUCGCCGCCGCCGCCACGCUCCCUGUCGCCUCCACCGUCUCUGCCACUGCCUCUGCCCGUGUUGCUGCAGUCACCCCUGCUGCCGUCGCUGCCCGCGCAUACAGCUCCAAGGCCAACCAGCAGGAACUGAACGCCCUCCGCACUGAGCUUGCCUCCGAGCUCGAGUACGAGAAGAACAACGUUGAGGCAGAGCCCAAGAUCCCCGCCAGCCUCAAGAAUGCCAACGUCACUGUCGAGAACGCUCCGAACUCGGAAGUCGUCAUUCUGCGCGCCACCGUCGGCGACCGCGUCAUGACCGCGUACUUCCACACUGCGCAGCUCAACCAGUCCAUCAACGACGAGCUGGAAGAGGAUGAGGAGGAGAACGAGCAGGAAGAGGAAGAUGACGAGCCCGAGAUUGCCUCCGACUCGUACGUCGUUUCCGUCGCCAUUUCCAAGAAGGAUUACGAGAACUUUGGCGAGAGCAACUUUGAUACUCUCCCUGAGACUGUCUCCGAGCCCCUCCGUAACAUUCUCGCCCGCGACACCAAGGACUUUGUCGAGUACACCUUCCGCGUCGCCCAACAACAUGAAGGCAAGCUCUACCGCGACUACCUUGGCUCGCUCGAGGAAUUCUUCCGUGCUUGA